AUGGAGGAGUCAAAGAGAAACAAGAGGAGGAUGGUGAAGCAGACGAUGUCUAAGAAGAAGAACAACAAAACGGGUCGUGGAUCAGGAUCCGGUUUGCUCCAGAUGAAGGUGAGGAGGCUCCAAAUACUGAUACCGGGCGGGCAGAGAUGCAACCACCCGGAUCUUCUUUUAUCAAAAACCGUUGAUUACAUUGUGCACUUGAAGUUGAAGCUUAGGUUCCUUAAAGCAGUCUCCGAUUUGUAUUCUCUUUGA